AUGAGCGGCUUCAUCGACUACUCCAAGACUACCAAGUCGAAGAACUACCAUGGAUCUGGUUCUUUUGCCACUUUCAUGAUCAUUGCCCCUGUGUGCUUCUUCCUGGGUAUCCUUUUCGCGUCGUUCCCUUAUGACUUCCCUCUCCUCUGGACCAAGGCCCCCGUGCCCGACAACUUCUUCGACCAUCUCGAGACGCAUCUGAAGUUCGUGCACCAAUCCCCCGCACUCAUCAGCCGCAUUCUCCACAUCGUCAUCUCCAUCGGUUUUAUCGGCUUCUUCAUCAAGCUCUUCCGCCCGAGUGAGGCCAACUUCCUCUUUGACGGCGCAUCUCUCAUCCUCUACCUUAUCGGCUUCGGUGUCUACGUUGCCAACAUUGUCAAGGCUCUCCGAAGCGUCAGCGCCGAGAUCUGGACCAACGAUGGCUUCGACGGCAAGACCCAUGAGGGUGAGAGCGGCGAGCUUAUUCUUGGUCGCGAGGACAGCUUGAAGGUUCUUUCCGCCAGCAACACUAUUCUCGCUCUGGUUCUUGUCGGCAUUCUCGUUCUCCAAGCUGGCGAGUGGUACGCUGAGAAGAAGGAGGCCGACGAUGUUCGUGCUAUGGAGGCCAAGGAGGCUGCUGAAAAGAAGGAGGGUUCCCCUUCCAAGGCUUCCAACAAGAAGAAGCAGUAA